GCGCACUGUGGGUGUGCGUGGUGCUCAACCCCAGCUCUGCUACACUGGAGAAGGCACACUGGAGGCAGCUGCUGCAGGAAUGGUCUCACCUGGACGUCUGCCCGUUCGAGGAUGCGGACAACAGGGUGAUAGCCGUCGGUAACCACGGCAACCACGAUCCGCACAAUGGUCGGCAACCAACCGUGUCCGGUACGAAUCGAUCCGGCCUUCGAACCAUCUUCCACCGUGCAUUAGAAGCCAGUGAUCUACAGUGGACGGAUCCACACCUAAGGCACAUCAUGAACAGCAACUGCUGUAACAUCGGUCGCAUUGGUGCGUCUUGUUCAAGUGCUUUCAACUCUCAGGGACAAUCAUUGUGGCAUGAACACAUUCCGACCGCGUGCGCGCGAGUAGAUGCUCUCAGGUCACAUGGCUACAGCAAGGAAGCGUUGCGAUUGGCUGUCGCCGUCGUCAGAACGAUGAAGGAGAACCAAUUGCAGCAGCGGAAGCAUUUUGCCGCCGUUACAGGUAAGACAGUUCUGGGCAGGACGGGAGUGAGCCACACGCCCAUGCACUGCAACACGGAUGGAUACAUCGGCCACGCCCUCGAUCCAAUCGGCAGCCUCUUUGACACCCUCAGCGAAGUCUGCAUAAUUCCAGAGGACACCGUCUCCGUGACGACAGAUUCGUCGACUAGUGUGCAUGCCAACUUUGGCAGCACGAGUAGUUUGAGUGUGAGUCAGAAGUACCAGCACGUGUGCGUGCCGGGAAGCAAGGACCGCAACGAGUCGUAUCUCACCCUCGCUCUGGAAUCUGCACUCAUCGGUAUUUGCAGCGUUGUCGGCUGCGGAGAAGGCACCGAGGGUGGGUUGUCGGCGCCGACGACGGUGACGCUCAUGCGAGCCGACGUCGGGACUUUGUCGGCGAGGCUCGGCAAAGCAGAGACGAUGAGAAACCUGCAUCCGAACAGGAAAUUGGGUGAUGGGUUGGUCGGAAACAAGAGAGAUGAGAAGCUCAUAGCUAAGCUGCAGGAGGUGGAGAUGGACGUCACGCUCGUGGAGGUGAUGCGGCGGCAAGCCAAGCUGCUGUUAGAAGGUCGGCGGGCCCCACGAGCGGGACUAGGACUCGGCAUCCACGUUGAGAGCGUGCCGAUGCACACCUUCGCCAAGUAUCUGUUCACGUCGCUGCUGCCUCAUGACUCCGACCUGGCCUACAGGAUAGGACUGCGCGCAAUGAGGUUACCGAUCCUAGAGGGCAGUGGUGACGCGGUGAUGAACGCGCGCUGGUUCACGCUCGGACACAUUGAGACGCAGCAGUGUGAGCUCGCCUCUACGAUGCUAGCCGCUGCCAAGGGCGAGUAUCCACGCAUGCAGACCGUGCUCGAAAUCGCGCACGGCGGCAGCUUCCACCACCACCGCAGCCGCCACCUCUACAAGCCUCCGCAGCCGCCGCCGCUGCCGCACCAUCAGCGGGGGAAGAUGGCGUAUGACGUCGCGUCGCGUGCGGCUGACCUUUGUGCAUUUGCAGGCGACAUUCCGUGCCUGCAGACGGUGCUCGAGUCGGCGCAGUGCAACAUUCACAGCUCGACGCACCUGUUCAAGCUCGCGCAGGACGCGUUCAAGAUGGCGACGCCCGUCGAGGGCCCGCGCCACCUGCCGCUCGUCAACGUCGCGUUCGAACUCGGCCUGCAGGUGGUUCGCAUGACGCUGACGCCGACGCCGAGCCCGUGGCGGCGGCGCGAGAUGGUGCGUUGGCUCGUCACGUGCGCGACGGACAUCGGUGUCAAGGCUCUCGUCUCCAUCAUGCACAACUGGUACACGUUGUUCACACCGACCGAGGCGACGGGGAUGGUCGCGACGACGAUCAUGUCGCACACGACGAUGCUGCAGGUGAACGUCAACUACGUACAGCAGGAGGAGCUGGCGGGCUGUGCGCGCUCGCUCGCGCUGCAGUGCGCCACCAAGGAGCCGCAGUCGUGCGCGCUCGCCGCUCUCACGCUCUGCGAGAAGGACGCGGUCGCCUUCGAGACGGCUUACCAGAUCGUCGUUGAUGCCGCCGUCAGCGUGAUGGACUCGAGCCAGCUGUUCAACAUCGCGCGCUACAUGGAGCACCGCGGCUACCCGGGCCGCGCGUACAAGCUCGCCGCGCUCGCGAUGCGCAACCUCACGCUCGCCUACAACCAGGACACGCACCCGGCGAUCAACGACAUCCACUGGGCGUGCGCGCUCAGCCACUCGCUCGGCAAGCCCGAGCUGACGAACAUCAUCCCGCUCGUCGUGAAGAACGUUCAGUGCGCGACCGUGCUGUCGGACAUCCUGCGCCGCUGCACGAUGACGGCGCCGGGCAUGGCCGCGUCGCCGGCCGCCGCCGCCGUCGUUGACCCGAGCAAGCGGCGCUCGUCGCUGAAGCUGCUCUCGUACGACAAGUCGCCGCUGCGGCAGCUGCUCGACGCCGCGAUCGGCGCGUACGUGAACACGACGCACUCGCGGCUGACGCACAUCUCGCCGCGCCACUACGGCGACUUUAUCGACUUUCUGACGAAGGCGCGCGAGACGUUUCUGCUCGCGCACGACGGCCACAUCCAGUUUGCUCAGCUCGUCGAGCACAUGAAGCUCAUCUACAAGGGCAAGAAGAAGCUGAUGUACCUCAUCAAGGAGAGGUUCGGAUAACCCUACGCCCCCCGCCCCCCCCGCCGCCUCGCGCCGCCGUCUCGCCUCGCCCCAAUCGUGUCACGGCGCGGGCGUUAACGUACCCCAGGUGCUUUACGAGAGAAACCAAAGUGAAGACAUCGUGCAACAACUAUAAAUAUAGCAAGAAGACGACGUCGUGUGUGUAUGUGUGUGCGUGUACGUGUGUGUGAGUGUGCAUGCGUGCAUGCAUGCGUGCGUGCAUGCGUGCGUGUGUGAUUGUGUACUCUAUCGCCCCGAGAGAGGAAAAAUGGAGUAGAUAUCAGUGUGCGCGGCCGUAUUUCUCUAUGUGGCCGUAUAUGUUUUAUAUGGUUUGUAUCAUUGACGAUAGCCGUGUGUUAGAUUGAUUGUCCUAUUACUACACUGUGUGUAACAAUGCGGUAACCAUGGUAACCGCGUACGCUUGAUGGUUACCGAGGUAACAUCUUAUCGUUUUAGUCGGAGACCCUAAGAGGGUGUCCGCUCCGGUAAGAGAUCCUGCAACCACCAAGCUGUGAUAUCGUAGUCCGUACUAUGGCCUCUGUUCGAAGAUUUCGCGUACCUCAUGUCCUCAUUCGCGAGCCCUCCCCACCAGGUGGCGCUCUCCCUGCAAGGUAGCGCCCUCCCUGCCAGGUGGUGCCCUCCCCGUCAGGUGGCGCUCUCCCCACCAGGUGGCUCCCCUCCAGGUGGCGCUCUUCCCGCCAGGUGGCGUCCUCCCUGUCAGGUGGCGCUCUCCCCACCAGGUGGCUCCCUUCCAGGUAGCGCUCUCCCUGCCAGGUGGCGCUCUACUCGCCAGGUGGCGUCCUCUCCAGGUGGCACUCUCCCCACCGGGUGGCAUUGUCCCCGCCAGGUGGCGCUCUCCCCACCAGGUGGCACUCUCCCCGCCAGGUGGCGCUCUCCCCCACCAGGUAGCGCUCUUCCCGCCAGGUGGCGCUCUCCCCGCCAGGUGGCACUCUCGAUCGUUUGUCUCAUUUUUGGAAUUUUGAGAGCGUUCGCGUCGAAACAAUGCGGACAGCAUGAAAACAGAGAGCGGCUGCGCAGGAGACCCUUGACAGCAUGAUUUAUCCGCCGGUCAGGGGGACGACCGAUCGUGGUUCCAUCGAGGGGGGAAUUCCCAGCGCGUGCCCACUACCUUCUUCACCGCAAAUAGGAAUAUAUGGGAAAUUGUGUGAGAGCAACCACCCUGCCGCAUACCUGUCAACAAUGUGGUGCGUGAUCCAUUCUCUGUCAGGGAGCAGCUGCCUGUUCGACGCUUACGCGGGGCGUCGAGCCUAAAAUCGAAUGCCUAAUUAGCAUUCGUUAAUUAGCGAUAUGACGAGAGUCGAGCAAGUCGACGGCCGCGCCGAAUUUUUGUUCGGCGUCGCAUUUUGACGCGAGUCUCUCAACUCUCGCGGCACGGUGUGUGGCGUCUCACCGUCCGCGCUCCCAACCGUGGCGCCACCUACGACCCCCCGAGCGCUGCCAGCUCCGUCUUUUAUUAAACGUGCGCUUUUAAGUUUGUUACGAAGGUUGUUCGACGGAUAACGGCGAGCCAGUGGUGGCUAGCGAGAUGCGGCGGCGGCCGUGUGGUGGCGCCACAAUCGCUACGUCAACGCGAUUGUAAGCGUCGCUCUAUCGAGCUUCCGAGAACAGGGGGGGGGGGGUCACCCGCGUUGCAUCUCUCGCGCGCGUUUCCUUUUUAUGCAGACGCCCAAUAUUAUACCGAUACUAAGUAUAUGAUCACUUGCGUUGAUUUUUUUCGUUGAUCUCAAUCCUAAAGUCGAGUUUUAUUUAAAGGCUGGGUCCAUAGUUAGGUGUGUUUUUGUUGUUGUUGUCCAUUUGCGAACGCGCGCCUCUCUCUGCCUUUGCACCCGGGCAAGCCGCUGGUGACGUGCAGGAAAGAGACUGUAUAGAGAAAGCCGAGAAGGUCCAGUGGGGUAAGGUUUAGUUGCAUUUAUCGUUAGGAAAUUAUUGUUUGUGUGCAUGAGUCUUCGUCUUGGGGGGUGGGUCGCGUCCUUGUCUGGAUUGUCCCUUCUUACGGAAUCUCCCUCCGAAAGAACAGCUCUUAGUAAAUGUGCGUUGAACGACGUCUUCGGGAGAAUGCUUGGCGGGUUAUCGAUCGAAGCAACGUCUGAAGGCAGCGCUGCACAGCGGCUGCUUGGAUGGGUCUCCUCACUACGUGCGCUCGUAUCUUGCCGUCGCCGGAUGUUGGCCGAUGUUGCACGAUGUUGCGCAAUGGUGGCUGGAUGUUGCGCAAUGUUGGCUGGAUGUUGGCUGGAUGCUGACCGAUGUUGGCUAUGCCGAAUGUUACAGGAUCGAAGAGCUUGAGUGAAUGACUGCCAAAUCAGCAACGGCAUCAUUUCGACGCGCACUUUAGGCAAUCGACAUGGCGUCGCGUGGUGGUGUCACUGCAUCGUGUUACACGCCACGUCACGUGUUUGAGUAGCGCAUCUACGCCAUCCCUGCAGAAGCAUUGUCGGCUCUUCGCUGAGGUUGCUGGUCAUAUCUCGCUCGCCGGUCGUACGCUCACUCAGUUAGUCGUUGUCAGUUGUUGCUUCUAAGCGCGCUGCGAUGAUCGCUCAUUGCGGAACAUCGCUUCACGUUCUUCGUCAAAAUAUGUUCGGCAUUGCCUAAUAUCACUACUAGUUCUACGUCGAACUAUGUUCGGCAUUGUGGAAUGUUGCCACGUAGUUUCUCAUUAAAGAAGGCACUAGAAUUAGGAAACGAACAGAUCCCACGGCAUGUGGUUAUGAGGUUUCACACGUCACAUCAUUUGCAGCAAUGGUUGCAUCUGUGUGGCAGCCAUAUUCACAACCCUUACAGCUCGCCCAUCCCUCGACGAGUGACGUCACGACUCAGCAGUCAUUGUUGAUUUUUUUGUACCAGUCGUAGGAUAUCAAGAGUACAUAAUAGAGAUCUCUAUUAUAUACUCCUGACGAUAUACGUGUUCAGUUUCGUGUUAUGAUCCAUAGGUUUAUUAUAUUGAAUAUUUUCCCCGUUUUUGAUCUUGAGAUUGAUGGUAGAUGUUUGUACAUAAACGUGUGAGUGAUGAUGGUGUUGUAAGAUAUUAAGAAUCUAUAUGCGUCCGGCUGGUCUCGCCCGUGCGCGCGGUCCGGUCACCUAUUCGCCGUUAAUAAUGGCUUUUAUUCCUAUUCGCCGCACCAUAUUCGCUCUUCUUUUUCACAAUUAGCUUUCAUGGAGGCGCUUCAGAUGGCGGCGUUAGUUCCGCUGAUGUCAGACAGGUGGCACUGACGUCAUGUCCCUGAUGGAGGUCUGGGCAUCUGCCGCUGCAAACCCCACAUGUCGUGUCGACGUUGUUGGUAUUCGUCACUGUCUUCUUCUUCUUCUGCUUCUUCGUCUUCUUCUUCUGCUUCUUUUUCUUCUUCUUCUUCCUCUUCUUCUUCGGACGCUCGCCUUGAGCUUUCGGCUGAGAGUGAAGACCAAGCUGCGCGUUGGCAGUUUUGUAUGCAAGACACGUGUCCGAACAGUGGUGACGUGGCUAGCAACACUGCAAUCUACCCUUUCACUCCCACAUUGAUCUCCCCUGACCACUUCCUAUACUCCCCGACCACCCAUUGCUCUUGUUUGCGACUUCGUGUACGACCCCCACCCCUCCCCCUAAUCCCCCGCGCUGUACCACCCUUCCCCUAACUCCCGCGCUGUCCACCCC